AUGGGUACACAGUCUGACCCCAGGAGGUGGCGGCGAUCAAUUUCAGAUUUUUGUACUCAAAAUUUUGAUGAUGGAGACUCAGAUGGUAUAUUUUCUGAAGAGGAGUUACACGAAUUGAAGUCAGAUGAUGAGUUUGAUGCUGGUAAAAAUUCCAUAGAAUUCAACCUGAAAACCAAAAUGCAAAACUUCCAAUUUGUUCUUGGCAUGGAAUUUGCUGCAAUAAGGGAGUACAUUAUUGAAGGUGAUCGAGAAUAUGUAUCUAUUGCCAAUGAUUCAAAUAGAGUUAGAGUUAAGUGCAAGGGUGCAAACUGUGAAUGGAUGUUGUUUGUUUCAAUAGUUAACAAGACAGAUGGCAAGACAAUGAAGGUUAAAACACUUGUUGACAAGCAUAGUUAUGGCAUUGUUUUGGACAAUAAAAAGGAGAUAACUGCAAAGACCAAGUACUCAUGUGUGUCUAGCUGGACAUUUUAUAGAGCCAAGACAAAAGCAAGGAAGAUGUUGGAAGGGUCUGUCAAGGAACAAUAUGCCAUUCUUGAUGAUUACUAUAAAAGGUUGUUGGCUACCAAUCCUGGCUCUACAUUGAAGUUGAAAAUUGAUUUGGUUAAUGGGAGAAGGACAUUUCAGGGUAUUUAUAUUUGUCUUAAGGCAUGUAGAGAUGGCUGGUUGGGGGGUUGUAGACCUCUAAUUGGUCUUGAUCAAUGCUUUUUGAAAGGACAUUGUAGGGGAAUUUUACUGGCUGCAGUAGGCAUUGAUGGUAAUAACUCCAUGUUUCUCAUUGCCUACUAUGUUGCUAAAAAGGAAAACACUGAGGUUUGGACUUGGUUCUUGGAGCUAUUGAAGGAUGAUCUCGAGAAUUUGAGUCCUACCAAGGUGACAAUGAUGAGUGAUUGUCAAAAAGGAUUAGAAAAUGCAGUGGGAGCCAUCUUUUGUGGGUGUGAGGUGAGGUAUUGUGUUAGACAUCUUCAUGCUAAGUUUAAAAAGGAAUAUCCUGGGCUUUUACUUAAGCAACUUUUGUGGGCAACAGCUAAUACUACAACACAAACUGAGUUUGCUCGAGCAAUGCAAGAAGUCAAGGAUGUCUCGGAUGGUGCUUACAAUUGGCUGGCAGGAAAGAACCCCACAGUAUGGAGUAAGUCACAUAUUUCAGAAUACCCAAAAUGUGACAUUUUGGUGAAUAAUUUGUGUGAGAGUUUCAAUGCAACCAUACUUGAUGCUUUCAACAAGCUAAUUAUAAUUUUACUAGAGAAAAUUAGAUUUUGGUUGAUGUCUCGGUUUUAUAACAAAAAAGCUAAGUUGGAGAAGAUGACUCAACCUGUGGGGAAGAGAAUUUUGAAGAUAAUUGAGAAGCAAAAAGAGAUUGCAAAGCAUUGUCUUGUUACUAGGUCUGACAAGUUUGAGUUUCAGGUUCAAUGCAGCAAUGGUAGUGCCUUGGUUGUCGAUUUGGAAUUCAGAACUUGUACAUGUAGGAGGUUUGAACUAUUUGGGCUUCCUUGUGGCCAUGCACUAGCUGCUAUCUGGUUCAUGGGAGGUAAUACAAGACUGAACCCAAUUGAUCCACCACCUGAGAUGAAGCUGCCAGGAAGACUUAAGAAAGCUAGGAGAAGGGAGACAGAUGAACCUCCACCUGCUUUAAAGAAAGCUCGAAGAACUGGACAAAAUCGUGUGGUCAAAAAGCGAGGUCGUCCACAACUGCAGAAACCAACUGAAGCCACACUUUUAAGGAAGGAAAGAAGGCUGAAGCAACAUGCUAAAGGAGGAACUAGUGGCGCAAAGAAUGCUCAACCCGAUACUGUCUGA